GGUUUUCUUAGCGAGAGCCGUGGUGCUAUUUGAAUCACCGCUUUUCCCUGAACAAAACCCUCUCUCUCUCUAAACCCUGCUACGGCGGCUCCCUCUCUCCCCUCCCCUUGAAACCCUAAAACCCAGAUCCUCACUCUCGACCCUUUUGCCUUAGGGUUUCAAGGCGUAUUAGGUCGCAGGUCGCUCCAUUCUAGGGUUUUUUCUGGCCUUAUAUUGCCUUCCUUUAGGGAUUCAGGGGUGACCCGUUAACCUAAACUAGGGUUUGUAUCAGGGUGCCCUAGGGUUUAAGGGGGGUUCGAUUCAUAACGUUUUAUCUGGUGUUUAGGGUUUCUCUUAGGGUUUAUAGGACUGAUUUGUUCCCCUAAACUUAGGUUAUUGGAUUUGGGAGUUCUAGGGUUUUGGGAGUAACUCUGGUGAUUCUUCUGGUUCAUUAGGGUUUAUCUAUUGUAAUUUUUUGGGUUGUGUAGUCUAUUUGGCAUUGGUAUUCAUAGGACUGAUUUACUUGUUUAUUAUCUCCUGAAGAGCUCUUGGAGUUACUCUAGAUCUUGCUCACUAGUUCGAAUAUGGCGGCCGUAGUUGCACCAGCUGAUCGUAUCCUUGAAUCUGGGUAUUUAUUUCGUGUGGAUUUGUUGUAUCUCUUGUUUGGAAAUACUAUUUGUUAUCCUUCACCAAUUUCCACUAUAGAAGCAACAGAGUUAUUGCAGAAAUUGUCACUAGAGUCACAGGGCAAGCCAAAGGAAGUAUCUGAGGCUACCAAAAAGCCUUCUUCAGUCCAGUAUGGUUCUGUUGAUGCUCGUGACAUAACCAAUGUGCAGAUUCCUUCCUCUGAUCGUUCAACAACUCCUGUACUUCAGGAAUUCAUGGAUCCUAACAUGUGUUAUCUUCCUAAUGGAUAUGCGUCCUCAUACUAUUAUGGAAGUUAUGAAGUUCCUAUUAGUGAAUGGGAGGACUAUCCUAGAUAUGUGCACCCUGAUGGAGUGGAUAUGCCUCCUCCUGGAGUUUAUGGGGAUAUGUACCACCCUGGAUAUGCAUAUCCCUCUUAUAGCCCGUACCCCCCUGCUGGCUCGCCUGUCCCUACUAUGGGACCUGAUGGUCAACUCUAUGGCCCUCAACACUUUCAGUAUGGUGCACCGUAUUAUCAGCAACCCACUCAACCCAGCGCACCUUAUAACUCAAAUCAAGCCCCAACAGCACAUGGAGAAGUGUCUACCUCUGUUGCUCCUGAUCAGGGGCCUAUUCCCUUAGAGGGUUCAAAUGGAAAUUCAAAUGCUAUUCCAAACGGUACUGCUAAUGGGAAUAAUGGUACUGGUGCUCCUAGGCCAAGUUACUCAUCAGCAAUGCCGAACUCCAAUGGUUCUUACGCAAGGGGUAUUUUGACUGGUGGUGUUACUCCUGGUUAUCAGGACCCAAGAUUUGCUUUUGAUGGAGCAAGAUCACCUGGACCUUGGUUGGAUGGUCCUAUUUUUCCGGAAGGACAGUCAAGACCUGCUACUAGCAACUCUGUUUCUUCAGCACUUUCCCAUAUUAAUAGCAUGUCUACUCAGAGAAACCAAAAUCUUCGGCCUCUGCCCCAUCUUAUGGGCUUGCAUCAUCCGAGACCGGCUUCUGGCAUGGCUCCAACUCCUGCCUUCAUGAACAGGAUCUACCCAAACAACAGAAUGUACCACCAUGGUAGCUCAGUGAGAACAAAUGGUGGUUUUGGAUCCAGUGGGUAUGAUUCAAGAUCCAAUGGACGGGGAUGGGUGGCUGUCGAUAACAAGUACAAAACAAGGGGCCGAGGAAAUGGAUCCUUAUAUGGUAAUGAAAACAUGGAUGUGUUGAAUGAGCAAAAUAGAGGUCCAAGAGCUGCUCGUUUCAAGAACCAAAGAGGUCUCCAAGCAAACAUUACAUUAGCUGUGAAAGGACAGAAUCUCCUUUCCAAUGCCAAUAAUGAGGAUGUAAGCACAAUCCCAAACAAAGAUCAGUACAAUCGACCAGACUUUGUUACGAAGUACUCAGAUGCCAAGUUCUUUAUAAUCAAGUCAUACAGUGAGGAUGAUAUUCACAAGAGUAUCAAAUACAGCGUAUGGGCUAGCACACCCAAUGGGAACAAGAAAUUGGAUGCUGCAUACAAAGAAGCUCAGGAGAAAACUGGGGGCUGCCCUGUGUUCCUCUUUUUCUCGGUAAAUGCGAGCGGGCAAUUUCUUGGAGUUGCAGAAAUGGUGGGUCCAGUUGAUUUCAACAAGAAUGUCGAGUUUUGGCAGCAAGACAAGUGGAACGGUUGUUUCCCUGUAAAGUGGCAUGUUGUGAAGGAUGUCCCGAACAAUCAGUUGAAGCACAUCAUCCUUGAGAACAAUGAUAAUAAACCAGUGACAAACAGUAGGGACACUCAAGAGGUGAAGUUUGACCAAGGGAUUGAGAUCCUCAAAAUUUUCAAGGAGUAUGGCUUUAGGUCAUCUAUGCUUGAUGAUUUUGUGUACUAUGAUGGACGUCAGAAAGCCAUUCAAGAGAAACGAGCCAAGCAGCAGCAGUUGCAGAAGCAGGCUGGCGAGGGUGGUGCUGAUGACGAGGAAGGUCAGAGGCCAAAGCAACCGAAGGCCACUGAUGUCACUUCAAAGGAUUCUGCCCCUGUUCUUGUGGACCGCAAGCCUGCCGAAGAAAAUGGAGUAGGAAAUGGAGACGUCCCAAAGGGAGCUAGUAAGCCAUCAUCGACCAUUGAAAAGAAAGCUUCUGAUGCAUCAGCAAAUGGUUGUUGAUUUUGUCGUUAUUUGGCGCUAGGUUUUCUCAGAGAUUGCCGUUAGAAUUCAGAACAGGUCAAGGCCCAAUGUUCCGAAGAGCCGAAUCUUCGAGCAAUAAAAGAGAGGGGUCAUGGUCCUUGCUAGAACUGGUAAGCUAGUUUUUUUCAAAGCUUUCGCAGGGUUUGCUAUAUUCAGUUCUUGUUCAGUCGCUAUCAGCUUCUUUUGACCCGAGUUUUUUGCAUUUAUUCCUUUUUAGAGUGAGAUACUCUUGGAUUUCUAGUUGUUUGUCUCUAAAAGAGUCUUUAGGGGCGUUGACUUAGUUUUGUUUUGUCUCUCUUUAUUUUUCCAUUUCUUCUUGUCUUUUCAUUUUGUUUUUUUUCCUUCUCCCUUGUAAAUGUAGUGGGUUCCUAAGCUUUUGUACCCUCAAAGGACGACCAGGUGAAGUAUUGGCCAAUAGAGAAAAAAGGUUUUGGGUUAUAUCUUAGGGGUUGAUUCUGAGGAUACUCUAUUUAAUUUGCAAUUAUAGCUUGUUUUCAUUUGCA